GGCAGGGCGAAGCCAUGGAGCUGUUCUCGGGAAAGAGCAGACGUGUGCGGCUGCUUCGGACUGGGUACAAUUACCUCAGUUUGGUUACCUCAGUUCCGCUGGCGCUUGCGGACUGCUCUCGCAUUUUUUUUCCGCUGAAUCCCGAGUGCAGGCAUGCGAUGACGUUGCAAGGUCCCCAGAAGCUUGAAGCACAGGGAGCUUCUUUCCAGACGCUGAGCCCAGCUUCCACAUCUGAAGCAAGGCAAGCAACUGCGUGCAGAUCGGGCUUUUACUUCACUGGAGGGGAGGACCGGACAAAUCAUUCUCGCUGCCGACCACAGCGCGACUUUUCUCAAGUUAGAGACUCAUUUACGGCAGCAAUGGCAGAUAAAAAGUUCCUACAGCAGUCUGAAGUAGACCUGUGAAUCUACAAAGAGGGUGUGAGGCUGGCAUUCUCGAUUUCAAAAUCCUGGAGAUGAACUGACAAUCUUCCAUCAGUUAACACCUACAGUGGUACCAAAAGAAUUGCUCACUGCAUGUCAUAGGCCUGUCUUUAGGAUGUGAGCUUGCUAAAUACCUUCAGGUACCUGAAGCUAAUGAUCACCCUCCACCAUUAGUAAUCUGAUCAUCUGGGUGAGGCAAUCCAAUUGAACUUAAUCCUGUCUAAGCCAAUGUCCACCUAAGGAAACUUACAGUAGAAUUGGCAAAGAACAAUCCGAAUUGGAUCAGCCUUUCCAUGAUUCUAUUAUACUACAGUUCUGGCCAAACACAGAUUCCUUUCGGAAUUUCCUCAAACAUGUGGACCCCUCUUGGUCUGUUCCUUUACAUAACCAUUUCCUCUUUGACAGUGAGCUCAACCUACAGUUUACAAAAUAAUGGAAUCAAAGUGCUGAAGUCUCUUCACGUCAGUGGUGCGAAGGAAUGUAACCAAACUUGUAGCAUUAUAGCAGACCGAGAUGGCUUGGAGUGUAAUUGGGUUGUACUUGAAGAAAAACUAAAUCUUUGCUUUUUAUUGCACUGUUUUGAUAUCCCGGUCUGUAAAAGAGUAACUGUGGAAGAUGCUGAAGUUCUGCAAAUAGGGCAAGGUUUACCACGCAAGAAUUUUUUAAGUCGCAUGCAAAGGGAUAGAACAUUUGAAAGAAAGAUUUCCAGAAAAUAUUCUACUAUUUUAAAGAAAUCAUCUCCAGAGUUGUCACAUCGUGCCAUUAGAGCUAUUGCCGCCAUGAAUGCAAGCAAAGGCACAACUACAGUAUCACCAACUAUGCCCAGUACAAUCACAACCACGACUAAAGCAUCAUCAACCCCCUCCACCACAACCUCAGCCACGACCAAAGCAUCAUCAACCCCCUCCACCACAACCUCAGCCACGACCAAAGCAUCAUCAACCCCCUCCACCACAACCUCAGCCACGACCAAAGCAUCAUCAACCCCCUCCACCACAACCUCAGCCACGACCACAGCAUCAUCAACCCCCUCCACCACAACCUCAGCCACGACCACAGCAUCAUCAACCCCCUCCACCACAACCUCAGCCACGACCACAGCAUCAUCAACCCCCUCCACCACAACCUCAGCCACGACCAAAGCAUCAUCAACCCCCUCCACCACCUCAGCCACGACCACAGCAUCAUCAACCCCCUCCACCACAACCUCAGCCACGACCAAAGCAUCAUCAACCCCCUCCACCACAACCUCAGCCACGACCACAGCAUCAUCAACCCUCUCCACCACAAUCUCAGCCACCAGUGCAGUAUUAUCAACCCUCUCCACCACACCCUCAGCCAUGACCACAGCAGCAUCAACCCUCUCCCCCACAACCUCAGCCACGACCACAGCAUCUUCAGCCCACCCCACCACAACCUCAGCCACCACCACGGUAUCAUCAGCCCACCCCACCACAACCUCAGCCACCACCGCGGUAUCAUCAGCCCUCCCCAACACAACCAUAGCAUCAUCAGCCCUCCCCACCACAACCUCAGCCACCACCGCGGUAUCAUCAGCCCUCCCCAACACAACCAUAGCAUCAUCAACCCUCCCCACCACAACCACAGCCACAACUACAAUCUUUCAAGAAGUCACAAGUACAACCUCAGCUAUUCCAUCAGUAUCUAUUUCUGAUUUUCAAACACCUCCAACCAUGACAAUAAUAACUUCAUCAGCAAAUGAACAUACCACACAACUCUCCACUACUAAUUUAGCAGAAACGACUAAGCUACUAACAUCAACUGCCCAACAAACUACAUCAACUUCAACAACUGUUCGUCAAACUACAAUGGCAAAGGCGUUAUCUACAAAAGCCACAAAUAUUUCAAAUGCUUCUAUAACUUACACUCAAACUGCAACAAACAAAAUGAACAGUUCAGCUCCUGUAACUAUGACCACAUCCACAAUGGCCGGAGGAGCAUCAAAAUCACCAGAGAAAGAAUCAAGAACUACACCUCCUUUCAAUGAUGGGAACUAUUACAUCUUUCCUUCAAUCCCUGCUGGAUCUCUAAUCAAACAUUUAGCUGAUACCAGUUCAUUAAUAGCCAUACUAAUAUUUGGGCUGCUGUUUUUCUUAGUGAGUAUAAUAUUGUUUGCUCAAAAAGCUUUUGAAAGCUAUAAAAGGAGAGACUACGUUCAAGUGGACUAUUUAAUAAAUGGAAUGUAUGCAGACUCAGAUAUGUAAGAAGGAAAAAAAAAUGAAAAACAUAGGAAUUAUAAUACAGCUCCAUUACAGUAAUGGCAGCGUCUCUUCAUCAAACUAAGCACAUUGGGAGAAGGUGUGGUGUGGAUCAGCAGUAAGUCAAACAGGAUUAUCUCAUUCUGGAACUUAAGGGAGCUUUCAGAGGAUCAGUUGCCUGAGUAUUCAUUAUGAGUGUUGGAGUAUAACCAUGAUGAAACAAGGUACUAUGAUUCUAAUUUGGGUUAUCCUGAAGUUGGUUGUACUCCUGUUUUGUUAAUAUUGAUUUAAAUAUUUUUGGGGACUUCUAUCCUUGAUUAUGGUGAGAUUGCAACAAAACAAAAUGCUUCAACCACUAUCUCAUAUUAAAAAACAACAUAUUUGGUA